CUGGCGUUAAAUUAUCAACCAGAGCCGGAUAAUUCUUACAUCAUUAUAAAUACUGAGCCGGAACAUUCUGUAUCCAUGCUAUCGGUACAGACAGCCGGCUGUGCGGGAAUGGAGCGGCUCGGCGUUCCGACCCGCACCACAUUGAAUAACCCACCAGACGAUAGGGGUCAAUUUAUUUGUAGAAUGCACAUAGAUGCUGCCAGAGAUCUGUUGGGUGUACGUAAUAGUGAUCCGGUGAUUUGUGGCAGCAAUACUAAUAGCCGCCAGCCGCAAACUCACCAACAACAACAACAGCAGCAACAAAAUAAUCAUAAUCAACAUUACAAUAGCAGUGACCAGGCCCACCUCCAGCAGCAGCAGCACCAAAACCACCAUCACAAACAACAUCACCAUCAUCAACUUCUUGUUAGACAUCGCACAGUGGGUCCAACAACACAAAGUCCAAAAUCAGCAUCACAUCCUACCUCAGCCAGUGUUAAUAGUGGCAACAAUAGUAUUAGCAACAACAACCUUACCAGCAACAAUAGUAACAAUUACAACAACAAUUUAUCGCCAAUGACCAAUAACACGGAUGGUAACAGUGGCCUUAGCAAAGGAGCCAUUCCAAUUGUUUCCAGUGGCGGUAAUACCGCCGGUCACACCAAUGCCGCCGCUACCCCAAACCACAGUGCCAAGCUAAAGAAAAUGUGUUGUGUGGGUGGUAAUAGCAGUGAUGGUGGCAGUACACUCUCAGCCUGUUGCAGUUCCAUCGACUCACAGUGUUCCUUAAGUUCGCACAGUCAUGAUCAUCAUCAACACUAUCAGCACCAGCUGCAGCAGCAGAGAACGCUGUGCUGUCCCCAUCAUGUUCCUUUGCCGGAUAGCGAAUGGAUACCCACGGAUCAGCGAUUGGGGCAAAUGCGUAGCAGUUAUCAGCACUCGGAACUAACACGCUCCUAUAUUAAACCACCACCCAAUAAAACGGUUAAAGAUGUUCCAGAUCGUUCGUCGUACAACUUUUAUUCCUCGGUAGCGCACUGUUCGAACUCCUCAGGUUUGCAUUCCUUGACCUCAUCCCAAUCGUUGCCUCUUGGCAGUUCCACGGCGAGUAUGGCCAGCAGUGGCAGUACCACCUCCAGCAGCAGCAGCAGUAGUGGUGGGGGUGGCGCUGUGCCGCAAACAAAAUCAAAACCAAAUGUGAUUACAAAAUUCUUCUAUCGUAAGAGCUCACCGAAAUCUCCCAGUAAUGUGGCCACUUCCUCAACAGCUUCCCUGGCGUCGACAACGGGUUUUCCAACAAAUACUAUGUAUUCAUUACUGAACUCCUCCUCAUCUUCUUCGUCGUCGGCAAUGUCGUUGGGCUCUUCAAACUCUUCGCUAUUGUCGUCGGUCAGUGGCAAUACUUCGUCCACGAUGUCUCUGAAUUCCCAGACAUCGGCCACAACACCUGCUUCGGCCCUGAAAAUGGCCCCCUUGGCAACAUUGCCCGUCUCAACGGCAGCCACCCUAAAAACAACACCCUGUGAUUAUGGUCCUACAAUGCAACACAACUCAGGAACUACUGGCGUUAAUAAUAUUUCCAUAGGUCUGGUGCCUAGUACCCAAUUACUGACCACCAUUGGAGUAUCACAUCCCACAGCAACAAUAACAACAUUCCCACACACCAAUGCCAUGGAGCGUAUACCCACACCACCCCUGUCGGUGACAGUGCCCAUUAGCAAUGCCUACCACCACCAACAGCAGCAGCAGCACCAACAACAACAAAGGCAUCAACAACAACAGUUAUUACUUGACUGUUUGGUGGGUGAUUCCGUUUCCGUUUCCAGUACAUUACAAACCAUCAAAAGUAGUUCUUGUAGUCCAACUAUAAGUGCCAACGCCUUCAACUCUAAUUCCGAUAGCAAUGUCACUUCCAAAGAUGACUCUGUCCAAAUGGAAUGUCAAUCCGGCAAUAUAACACGCAACAACAGUAGCAGUAGCAUGCAAAGUUUAUCCUCAGCAGCGGUGACGGCAACACCGGUCGACUGCAAUUGUCAACAUCCCAAUUGUAAAUAUUGUAGAAGCACCUGCAAUACGACCUCUGCAGAGACUGCCUCCCAAUCGACGUCAUCAAACGCGUAG